AUGGAUCAAUUAUACUCCCAGAUCGAAGAAUUAAGUAAAGUUGGAUUUCCUACCUAAAAACUUAAAGAACUUUAUCAAACCCAUCAAAUAUCGGAUUUAUUGGAACUCCUAAAAUUCACACAAUAGAACAAAGAUUAAUUCAAUAAGACUAUUGCUUAUCUUGAUGCUCUCUUCUAAGAUUCCGAUAUCUACAAAGAACUUUUAAUAAGAGAGAACUCUUUUGAAUUUGUUCAAACUUUACUUUCUCAUUAAAACAAAAAAGUAAGAUAAUUACUUUCAGAAUGCAUAGAAAAUAAUGAUUUUGAGUUUGGACAAUUGAUUUCUAAAUUAGUCUAAGAAAAGUCACCAUUACUCAAUCUAGUACUUUAAGUCAUCUUUUUCCAACUUUCUGAUCCUGAAUCAGAAGUUGGCUUAAAAGCUCUGAGAGUAAUUAAAAAAUUGUUCAAAUUUGUCGAUGAAUCUUUAAAAACGCUAUUAAGUAGUGAACUCUUUGUCACUUAUAUCACCUAAGGAUUAAAUAACAAAAAUGAAGUCAUUCAAUUGAGAUUUGUUGAAAUAUUGAUUUAUAUAACUAACUUAGAUCAAGCUAUCCAAUAACCUUACAACAAUCUAUUUAAGAUAGUUUUUAAACUCUACAAUACUGACGAUAUUUUGGUUAAAUUGAACAUGAUUGAAUUGAUUGCUGGAAUGGGUAAUUCAAAAUGGAACUCAGAACUUAUGGUAAACCAAUCCUUUUUUAAGAAUAUUCUUAAUUCCGCAUUCACCAAUAAUGACGAUUUCUACACUUAAAAAUAUGAAGUCUUACUAGUAGCCAGAAUGCUUAGUUAAAGAGUCAUUAAAUUUACUCCUAUCCUUGAAAAAAACCUAAUUAAACUAUUAUCAGUAUGGCUAUCAACCAAUUCAAGUGAAUAAAUAGAGGGGGCCUUAGAAAUUAUAUCAAGCUUCGUUACAUUUACUGAAGGAUUCAAUACUAUUAUAAAGAAUAGUGACUUUUUAAUAUUAUUUUUCCAAUAUUUGUAUUCAACAAAAGAUGUCAUAAAACUCAAAGCUCUUAAUUGUUAUGUUAGCUUCUUUGUUAUAGAUUCAACAACACCUAAGCCACCUGGUAAGGUACUUUGGGUGUAUUCAUUGUUUGGAAAUGUUUCCAAAACAUUAAGUUAAUUCCACUCAAAUGAUCAGGUUAGUGAAGCAACUAUAUAUCUGAUAAAAUAAUUGAAUACUCCUUUUGGGGAAGUAGAAAAAACCAUAUUAGAAUUAACCAUGAAUUUGUUGGAAUGGGAUGAAAUAUUCACUAAUAUUAUUGCCAAUUAAUAAUUAUUAGUAUAUUUUUCCAAGAUUUCUCAAAACAAGGAGAUCUUUGAUUCAAAGAAUCGAGUCAAAUAAUAGAUCAUCAAUUUAUGCACUAAUAAAUAUAAGGCAGAAGAGUACUAGGAGUAUGCUAAAACAUUGCAAAACUUAAAAUUGUAAAAGGAUGUCUAGUACGCUUCAAAUGUUUAAUGAAUUUAUAUAGUAUAAAAUUAAUUUAAAUAUCUACAUUUUA